GCGGCAGUGUGUUAUUCACACUGGGUCAACUCUCUUUAUUAAUGGCUUCGUCCCCCAGUGUUAACCAGGACGAGCCGUUGAAUUCGAUGGGAAAAGAUGCGGUUGCUGAAAAGGAAAACGACCCAGAGGAAGAGAAAUCAGACCUUCGGAGCGUGCUGGUCACAAGUGUCUUAAAUUUGGAGAAGUUGGAGACAGAUUUGUACAGAGGAACCCAUCAUUGGGUACCAAGAACUCGCCGCUUGUUUGGGGGACAGAUUAUUGGCCAGGCUCUAGUGGCAGCUGCCAAGUCUGUGGAAGAUUCCUUUUUUGUGCAUUCGCUUCACUGUUACUUUGUGAGAGCUGGAGACCCAAAGGUGCCGGUUGUGUACCAAGUAGAUCGGAGCCGUGAUGGAAGGAGCUUCUGUGUCCGCUCAGUGAAGGCAGUUCAGCAUGGGCAAACGAUCUUCAUCUGCCAGGCCUCUUUUCAGCAUGUUCAGCCGAGUCCUUUAAAGCAUCAGUUCAGCAUGCCAGCUGUUCCUCCACCUGAAGAGCUGCUCACGGGUGAAGAACUCAUCCAAAAAUACCUGAGUGAUCCAAACAUUACUGAGAAGUUCAAAUUGGGACUCAAUAACUUCUUGGCUGAGGAGGUGCCAAUUGAAAUCAAACCUGUGAACCCUCCUGAUUUCUACCAGAGAGUGGUCAUGGAGCCAAAGAAGCUCUUUUGGGUCCGGGCACGAGGACAUAUUGGUGAAUGUGACAUGAAGCUGCACUGCUGUGUUGCUGCCUAUGUUUCAGACUUCUCUUUUCUGACAACUGCACUGAUGCCUUAUCCACAUUUGAGACCACAUUUUACAGCAUCUCUUGAUCAUGCAAUGUGGUUCCAUAGCAAUUUCCGGUCUGAUGAAUGGAUGCUAUACGAGUGCGAGAGUCCCUGGGCAGGUGUAAGCAGGGGCUUUGUGCAGGGAAGACUUUGGAGACGUGAUGGUGUGCUUGCAGUCACCUGUGCUCAGGAAGGAGUAUUGCGGGUGAAACCUGUACAGAGUCUGAGCAAGCUCUAAGAUGUUCUGAUCAAAAAGCACAAGCCUUUCCUUUGGUAGCUACUGUAUUGCACUUGUGCAAGAAGUAACUUUUUAUCUCUGCCUUCCAUGAUUGGAAAGAUUACUUACUUUCAUUCAAUUUAAUGACCUGCUGCCUGGAUAGGCUGUGUUCGAGCUGUACAUUUUUUCUUUCCCAUCCUUUAAAAUGAGUAGGCUUGGGAUGGCAUAGAAAAUAGCAAAAUCCAGCUUUCUAAAUUGUAUCUGAAAAUGUUUUGGAGAAGAGGGAAGCUGGGAUUAACAUGAGACAAAAUCUGAAGUGUUUUGAACAACACAAUGAGACUUGAAACAUGUAAAGAACACUGCUGCUUUGUAAUAAAAGAGCCCAGGAUAACAAUAGAGGAGGAAUGUUUUAGAAUUUAGUAAUGCAUGUAUUUUUUAAGAAUGCACUUUGAACAAAUUUUCAAACUGAACAGAAAAAAAAAUUCCAUAUUUAUUUUUUAAAACCUAGAAGAGGGCUUCUGAACCUUUUGUCAUGGCGUACCUCCUCAAGGAAUUUAAAUGUUCCAAAGUACUACUUUGGAGCACGUUUUGGUCUUAAAUUGUUAAGGGUUGAACUAUUAUUAAGUAAAAUUAAAGUUCUUUAUCUGUCUAAAAAUAUUGUAUUUGGGGAUUUUGAAGUAUUACAGAUUAUUCUGUAUGUUUCAGUUUUUCUCACCAAAUGUUUUUUCUAAUGAACUAAUUUUAAUGUUACUAUUAUUUAUCAAAUAACAAUAGUGUGGUUUGACAUGGAAUUAAAAUUAGUAAGCCUAGUGAGAAGUCGAGCAAAAUGUCCCCUUUUAUUGGCUAACUAAAAAGAUUACACCAUGCAAGCUUUCAAGGCAACUCGGGUCCCUUCUUCAUCUUGCCACAUUGGGGGUAUUUUACAGGCUUUGGAGGGUUUCAAGGUUUAUGAACAAUGAUAUGAUCAUUGUGGGCUACAUGACUUAACUUAUGUGCAUGAACUAUAUUUAUUCACUUGCAAGUUUCUGUUCUUUAACUGAAAAAAAUACUGCUUAAAACCAAUACUACAAAAGAAUCAAACAUUGAAAUAUCCACAUGAAUUAUUGAGUAUCAAAAUAAUACCAGAUAUUUUUAUUUAUACAAACUCUUUAAAGCUUUUUUUUUUUUUUUUUUUUUUAACAGCACACUUUUCAAAUCCGAUUUGACAGAAAAUUACUUUUGUCACGUUUGCUGUUGUGAAACUGUAUCAGUGUAUGGUGGAAACAUUAGCUGACUAAUAGCUCUUACUAAAGAAUAUUUAAUCCACAUGUCCAAUCAAUAAAAAUGUCACACCUGA